AAAUUGCCUACCCUAGGUUUCCAUUCCUUUGCUUCCGUUUUGCGGAUCGUUCUGCCUUUACGUUUUUUUGGCUGUCUGUUGAAACAUGUCAUACUCGAACGAUAACAGGGAAGAGAAUUGGAGCGGGAAGGCUCCCAAGAAUGGGACUGAAGAACGUCCUGAAGGAGAGGCUGAGGACCGUGGAAACUAUGAUGGCCCACCAGGCAUGGACCCUGACGGUGUCAUUGAGUCCAACUGGGAUAAAAUUGUGGACAACUUCGAUGAGAUGAAGCUGAAGGAAAAGCUGUUGCGUGGUAUCUAUGCUUAUGGUUUUGAGCGUCCCUCUGCCAUUCAGCAGCGUGCCAUCUUGCCCUGUAUUAUGGGCCAUGAUGUUAUUGCUCAAGCCCAGUCUGGUACCGGUAAAACGGCGACUUUCGCCAUCUCGUUGUUGCAGCAGAUUGACAUCGAUGCCAAUGAAUGUCAGGCGCUCGUGUUGGCUCCCACUCGUGAGUUGGCCCAGCAGAUUCAGAAGGUCGUUUUGGCUCUUGGUGACUACAUGGAUGCGCAAUGCCACGCUUGCAUUGGUGGAACCAAUGUUCGUGAGGAUCUUCGCAAACUGUCACAAGGUGUCCACGUCGUCGUUGGAACUCCAGGUCGUGUCUUCGACAUGAUCAACCGACGAGCAUUGAAGACGAAUUGCAUCAAAGUCUUCGUGUUGGAUGAAGCCGAUGAAAUGUUGUCUCGUGGUUUCAAGGAUCAGAUUUAUGAUGUUUUCAAGAAUUUGCCCGCUGAAGUGCAGGUCAUUCUGCUUUCGGCCACGAUGCCGGCUGAUGUCAUGGAAGUAACGAAUCACUUCAUGCGCAACCCCAUCCGAAUUCUCGUCAAGAAGGAGGAACUUACGCUUGAAGGUAUCAAGCAGUUCUACGUCCAGGUUGAACGUGAAGAGUGGAAGUUGGACACGUUGUGCGACUUGUACGAUACGCUGAGUAUUACUCAGGCCGUCAUCUUCUGCAACACUCGCAGGAAAGUCGACUGGCUUACCGAGAAGAUGCACGAGAGGGAUUUCACCGUUUCUGCCAUGCACGGUGAGAUGGAGCAGAAGGAGCGUGACGUUAUUAUGCGCGAGUUCCGAUCUGGUUCUUCCCGCGUCUUGAUCACCACUGAUCUCCUGGCUCGUGGUAUUGACGUCCAGCAGGUUUCCCUCGUGAUCAACUACGAUUUGCCCAACCAUCGUGAAAACUACAUCCACAGAAUUGGUCGUGGUGGACGAUUUGGUCGCAAAGGUGUGGCCAUUAACUUCGUGACAGAGGAGGAUUGGCGCGUGCUUCGCGACAUUGAACAGUACUACAAUACUACGAUUGAGGCUAUGCCCAUGAACGUGGCCGACCUCAUCUAAAACAAACAGAAAGAGACGAUUUGUUUGCCCUUGUGCAUCUUGGCCUGACCGUGAUGACCCAUCGUGAGUUUGCAGAUUGAAACGGAGUGUGCUGAUGUGUGAAGGCUGACUGCAUCGUCGUCGUCGGCCAACCCCACCGGGAAUGAUUUAAAACAUUUUAUUUUUUUUUUUAUGUUCGUGAAUUAAUCGAGAAGAGAAAAAAAAAGAAGAAAAUCAUGUGACAACAUCUUUAGAGUUAAUUCACAACAUCAGUACCUCUGACUCUGUUGCUCCUAAUACAGUCAUGGCCGUUCAA